AUGGGCGGCCGACAAAUUCGGCCCGCUCGGGUCUUCCAAUCCGUCUCCCAAGAGCUCAACCACCAGAUGCUUGCUAGCCACACCGUCGCCCAACCGCCAUGGUACCAGGUUAUGAACGCGUUUCCCCCGGCCGAAACACUCGUCCGCACAGUCACGCCCAGACAUCGUAUGCCGAACCCCAAAGCCAAGAAGCCCAAGAAGCUAUACCGCCCGCAAAGCAUCAGCUACCCCGAGGACGCUCUCCGAACGAAUUUCUACAAAGACCACCCAUGGGAACUAGCCCGGCCACGUAUCAUCCUCGAACUAGACGGGAAGGACCACCAGCAUUGUGAUUGGAGUAGGGGGCUGCGACAGCCCGGUGUGCCCCUGACGGGCGAAUGCGUCGUCCAGCGCCAGUUAUACCUAAUGCACGCUGAAAAGAUGAGCAAACGCAAAGCCUACGACACGGCGCGCAAAGAAUUCUACAGGCUCCGUCAGGAAGAGGAGAUUGAGCAGAGGAUAGCGGUCGAGGAGGCCAAGCACGUGGGGGCAUAUUUUGGCAAGACCCGACUAGACGUGGGCGUACAGCUCGAGGACCACGAGUUUGAGAACUGGAAGGUUUGGGCAGGCAAAGAAACGGCGAAUAGGGCGGCAAGAUCGAAUUCAGAAAUCGAGACGUUUGGAGCCGAGACGAAUGAAGAGGAGCUGGAUGAGGUUGCGGCUGCAACCGCGUCAUGA